AUGGCUCCGGUGAAGCUGUACGGCGCGACCCUGUCGUGGAACGUCACCAGGUGCGUGGCGGCGCUGGAGGAAGCCGGCGUCGAGUACGAGCUCGUCCCCAUCAACUUCGGCACCGGCGAGCACAAGGGCCCCGACCACCUCGCCAGGAACCCCUUUGGCCAGGUGCCAGCUUUGCAGGAUGGUGACUUGUACGUCUUCGAAUCACGUGCUAUUUGCAAGUAUGCGUGCCGCAAGAGCAAGCCAGAGCUGUUGAAGGAGGGCGACAUCAAGGAGUCAGCUAUGGUGGAUGUGUGGCUCGAGGUGGAGGCCCAUCAGUACACCGCCGCGCUGAGCCCCAUUCUCUUCGAGUGCCUUAUCCAUCCUAUGCUUGGGGGAGCCACUGACCAGACGGUCAUCGAUGCUAACCUUGUUAAGAUCAAGAACGUGCUGGCGGUGUACGAGGCGCACCUGAGCAAGUCCAAGUACCUGGCUGGAGACUUCCUCAGUCUUGCGGACCUUAACCAUGUGUCUGUCACCCUGUGCUUGGCGGCUACACCCUACGCGUCUCUGUUCGACGCGUACCCGCAUGUGAAGGCCUGGUGGACUGACCUGCUGGCGAGGCCGUCCGUCCAGAAGGUCGCUGCGCUGAUGAAGCCAUGA